AUGUCUAGUACAUCACAAAAGCACAAAAACUUUGUUGCUGAACCAAUGGGUGAUAAGCCUGUUACAGAUCUUGCUGGAGUUGGUGAAGUUCUAGGACGUAGAUUAGAAGCAGCUGGUUUUGAUAGAGCAUAUGUAGUACUUGGUCAGUACUUGGUUUUAAAAAAGAAUAGAGAAUUAUUUCAAGAAUGGAUGAAAGAUGCAUGUUCUGCUAAUGCGAAGCAGUCUAGUGAUUGUUAUCAGUGCCUCUCUGAUUGGUGUGAAGAAUUUUUGUAA